UGUAGAAAGAAUUUUUGAGAAAACAAGAACUAUUUCACAAAAGAAACUAACAUGAGCGGCAAAAGACUAACUUCGGAGCGUUUACGUGAUAAAACCAGUUAUGGCCUAUAUUGUGUUAAUAUCCAUGGUUCAGGCUUAAAUGCCAUCAAAGAAGAAUUUAAACGACAAGCUUUAACAGGUUUAAGACAAACCCUUUUUAUUGUGGACUUAGAAGAGUUACAGAAAGACCUUAAUAAUCAGCCACGUAAUAGCAAAAUGAGAAAAGAAUUGAAAGAAAAUUUCAAUAAUUAUUUAGUAAAUAAUCUCAUACAACAAAUACAAGGAUUUCGUAAGGAAUAUGAAUUACUUAUAAAGAAAAUCAAUGAAGAAUUAAAAUUUAAUUUAUAUGAAUAUUGGCUAAAGCACUUGGAAGAAAACAAUAAAAUUUCUUUGGAACCUAAACUAAAGGAAAACAAUAAACCAAAACAAUUGAAAUCGGAAGAAACAAUUUCCUGUUCCUAUACACUAAUACCCCAAGAACACAAUCGUGUGGGUCAGCCUAAACUAAUAUCUAAAAGAAAGUACAUUAAAGAUGAACCCACCUUGGGCAAAUUGUACAUAAUUAUUUUGGGCCAAAUGUGUGAAGAAUUCUUUAAGGAUUUAUUAAGGCGAGAUCAACCACUUGAGGGUAUUAUAAACUUUAUACCAACUGAAAGCAACUAUGACAUCAUGUUGGGUAAUAAUAAAUUAAGAAAUUUUAUUGUGGCAACUUUGGCUACUAUUAAUUUUUCAAUUUAUCAAAUGAGACAAGAAAGAAGUCUCAAGCCAGUGGGUUUAUUUAACCAUGAAUUGCCGGUUAUAUCUAAUUGUUUGGCUACCAAAUAUUGUCGAGAAAUCUAUGAUCAAUUAACCUGGAGUAUUUAUGAUAUAGAUAUGUUAAGGCAACAAUAUGAAUUGUAUUAUUAUAAGCCCUUUCAAUUACUAGAUGUAGGUAUUCCCGCUAAUGUUAAUCUAACAGAGUUAUAUUACAAGGCUGAGUCCUUGAGUAUAAAGGGACAUUUUCAAAAUUCCAGUUUAACUAUAAGUGGCACGGAUUUGUCUACAAUAGCUGGUUAUUUAAAUAGUUUGUUAAACACCUGCGCUUGCCCUGAAACUGAAGAAACUAGUUCCAACUUUUCAUCCAUUAUUAAGAUUCCCAAAUUUGAACGAUUGAUUAUGGCCGAUAAUAAUACAUUUUUAUUAAAUAUGCUGCAAUAUGUUCUACCUAAUAAAUAUGAUUCCUUAUAUUUAAGCUGUUUAGAUUAUAAUAUGCUUAAACCAUAUUCAGUGUUCAAGACCCCAAAACCUUUUAAUAAUAAUGAAGAAAGUUUUGAACCCAUAACUCUACCCAAUUAUGUAAAAUAUUAUGCUAAUUACGAUUGCAGCCAACAACGCAUAACAGAAUUAAUUAAACAAUAUAAUGAUUAUCAAAUUCAAGAAAUUGCUCCUGGCUAUAAACUCUAUACUUUUAAAAGAUCGUAUAAUGUCUUAAAUGAAGUUGAAGACCGUGUAAUAAUACCCACACGUUUAUGUUUUCGGGAUUUUACCUUAUUUCAAAUGGAAGAGUUUUUGCAAAAUUUAAACACCCCCACCCUAAAACCCGAACUUUCUUCGGAUACAGGUCUUCCAGAAAAAAAAGUUAAAACUUUGGAAUUUGAUGAAAAUCUUUUCAUAAGACCUAAUUCUCUGAAAGCUCUGAAAUUACCAAAAGAAAUUACUAAAGAAGAAACUAAAAGUAGAAAAAGUGAUCAUUCCAAUAGAAGUAAAAGUGGGAAAAAAUCUUCGCUUGCUAAAUCAUCUAUAAAAAGCGAAAAUUCCCUGGGCUUGCCGCAAGAUCACCAUUUGCUAAAAGGCUACAAUUUGGAAGAUACUUUACAAGAAGUAAAAUAUAAAAUUUCCAAAUACUAUUAUCAACAGGGUUACGUGCAACUGUAUGAGGAAAAAUGGUGUUUCCAGGAUAUGAAUAAACAAAUAACUUUAGCCUUCAAUAAUACCACUAUAUACUUCAAUAGACCUCGUCAUUUACCCCUAAACUUAAGCAAUAACAUACGUUUAAUAACUCCCAACAAUAUAAGCAUUCGUAUACUUAAUAAUCCCGAAGAAUGUUCCAAGAUCGUCAUGAAUUAUCCAAAUGGUUUGAGUGUAUUCUAUCACGAUACCUGUUGUGAGCAAAUUUGGUAUUGUGAUGAAACACCAAGGAAAGAAGAGCGUAGAAUUUAUACUAAUUUAGGAGCUAUCAUUGUUUUCUUUAAGAGUAAUGAUUUGAUCUUGAUAAUGCGUUAUAAUGGUGAGCUAUAUAAACUUUAUCAACAUGAGUUAGCAGAAGAAGAGGAAGAACAAGGAUACACUAGUGAGCUAGGAGAGGUUCAAGAGAAAAGUUCGGGCUAUAUAGAUCUCAAAGCUCAGGGUGAUUCAAGACUUGUACUUAACCAAAGAGAUAAAUUUGAGUCUAAAAAAUCAAGUAACACUUUAAAAUCUUGCAUUAACCAUGAAUUAAACUUCUUAAAUUCAUUAUGUUAUAUAUAUGAUUUAAAAUAUUUACAUAUAAUAAUAACCACUUCCCAAGGAAGGCGAAUAAAUAUGACUCAUCAGGGAAAGAUCUUUGAAGGACCUCAUUGUCAUAUUAAUGAAUGUCAUGAUUAUUUUGCUAAUGAAUCCUAUUGUGAGCGUAGUGAUGGUGUUAAAAUGAUUUGGUCUUCGGAUUGUUUCAAAUGUUUUCACAAAGAUGGUUCUUUAUUUAAAACCACAAUCGAGGAAAUUUUUCAACACGAAGCUGGAGAUGAGUUUGAAAAUCUAAUAUCACAAAGUUCCUCUCAUGAUUAUCUAAAUGAAGAGAUGGAGGAGGAAGGACAAGAUAAACCGUUAUCGUUAAAACAUCUAAAGCAAAAGCCUUUCACAUUUAUUAAUCAUGAAGCUGCCGAGGAACAUAUACCAUCAGAUUUACCAUUUGUAACCUAUUACUGCAACAGUUACUCCAUGCAACACCCAAAUUAUGCUGAAGUUUAUAUACUUAAUCCUGAACUCCCAAAUCUGUUAUCACUUAUGGAAAUAUUUGGCAAGGAUGACAUAAGAAUUUAUAUUCACAGAGAACCAAGUUAUAAAGAGAAUCACUGUGAUUAUGAUUCCUUAAGAUCAGAAGGUGAAGAAUAUACAAAUGACACAACGAAUUUAAAAACUAUAGUUAAUGUCUGGAUUGGGGAAAAUUUGAAUGUAUCUGCUGAUAAUGAAGCUUGUGAACUGUAUGCUGUGAUGUCGGAAUCUCAAGUUGUUAAGAAAUUGAAAAGUGCUACUUCCUUGACAUUGAGAUUAAAAUAUACGGACUGUAUAAAUGAUGUUUUCAAAUACUUGAUUAAUGAAAUAGCCUCUUUCGAAGGCAAUAAUAAACAGAAAACUGAAGAAUUAUAUUACAUGGAAAAACUUAAUUCAGAUUGUAGUAUAAGAGGUUUUGAAUUUUAUGCUAUUCCACCGAGUUUUUCGCACUACAAUUUUACUGUUAGUAACAAUAUAACCGAGUUAAAGCCUAUGACUAGCAUACAGGAAUUAAUGACCAAUAAUAGUGAAAACUAUCUACAAGAUUUGAAUAAAUUUCCAAGAUUUAAACAGGAAAACAAGAAAAAACUAGUGGAUAUUGCUUUAGAAUUUCCCCAAUUACUAAGUGCCAAUUUAUUUAUAAAAAUCCCCCAACAACUACGAACUACCGCUAAUAUUACCAAAUUCUUGGAACCUUUUGAAAAUAUAAAUUUUAAAAAAUUACGCGGAAAAUUUAAAAAUGUUCUUAAUUUUUAUAUGAAACCUCAGCAGCAAGAGAAUUUGAAAAUAUUUUGCAGUUUAAAGAAUUGGUCAAAACGUCAUUGGGAGCAUAAAAGACGUUUAUUUACGGAACAACAACGUUUGAGCCUUUAUCAUGCCAUGAUUAAACAUAAAAUAUAUCCAAAUUAUUGGAAAUUUUCAAAAAUCUAUGAGGGUCAUGUUUAUCGUAUAGAAUUUUUUGAUUUUAUGCAAAAUAAAUGUGAGAAAAAAGAGGUUCAAGGUAAAGAAGAAUGAAAUUAAUUCUAAAGA